CUUUGACACACCACCAUUGGCAGCGAUUGUGUCAGUCACCGCUCGUUGGUCGCGAAAGACGAUGCCCCUCAAACUUCGAUACGUCCGCAUGCUGAAGGAUGACCUUGCUUGGGAAAAAAGCGACGAGCAGGUCGACGCUUGGGAGCGGGCUCUACACAACGCCGAAACGUAUCGUGCCAUCGGCAUUCUGAUUCUGAAAUACAGACCAGGUGAUCCUCUGGAGCUCCACAGGCCGAUCAGGGGCGGAUACAAUAUCAUCUUCCGGCUGCAAUACAAGGACGGCUCGUCGGCUGUGAUGAGAAUACCCCACAAAGGUGCUGUCAAGUUCCCCGACGAAAAGGUCGGCUACGAGGUGGCUACCAUGCGUUACGUCGCCGCAAACACCACGAUACCAGUGCCGCAUAUCUACCAUCAUGGAACAGGGGCAGAGAACCCCACUGGCCUUGGCCCUUUUAUUAUCAUGGAUUACAUCGAGCACGAAAGGACCAUGUCGGACGCUCUGAACGAUCCUCUCCUCCAGCCUGACGAGUCCCAUAUUCUAAACAGCAAUAUCAGCGAGCCUAUCCUCGAGCUUCUCUACGGGCAGAUGGCAAACAUUAUGCUACAACUAUCUAUGCUAUCAUUUCCACGAAUUGGAUCGUUGCUCCAGGACGAGCAUGGUGACAUUUCUGUUGCAGGCCGGCCCCUCAUUCAAAAUAUGAACUCCUUGGUUGAGUUCGCAAGCGUGCCCCCGACGUGGCUGCCGUCACAGCCGUACUCCACGUCCAAGGAGUGGUAUACCGCAAUGGCCGAUAUGCACAUGAUGCAGGCAACAUUUCAGCGCAACGAUACCAUCUUGGACGAGGAUGACGCGAGAGACAAGUUUGUCGCUCGUCGACUAUUUCAACGUGCGGCAACGAGCGGUCGACUCUAUGUCGAGGUGGAUGAUCCCAAUGAUGAGACUUCGGGCACCGGCUUCCUCCUGUAUUCCGAGGAUUUGCGUCCGUCAAAUGUUUUGAUAGAUGAAAAGCUUCGAGUGGUCGGUGUCAUAGACUGGGAAUUCGCCUACGCUGCCCCGGCACAGUUUUCGUUCGAUCCGCCGUGGUGGCUACUGCUCAAAAGCCCAGAGUACUGGCCCGACGGGUAUAGUAGCUGGAUAGAAGCAUGCAGGCCUCGAUUUGAAACCUUUUUGGGUGCUCUAGAACGCGAGGAGAAGUUGUUGGGCGCCCGGAGUUCUCUGCUUGGAUGCCCUGGUGGCGUCUCUUUGUCGCAGAGAAUGCGAAGGAGGUGGGAGGAUCAGUCUUGGUUGGUCAACUACGCGUCCAGAAACAGCUGGGCCUUUGACUUUAUAUUCUGGAGAUAUAUCGAUCAAAGCCACUACGGGCCCAAUGAGGACGGCGACCAUCGUGCCAGACUUGGUCUCCUGGGGAGCGAAGAGCUAUCUGUGAUGGACGAUUUUGUCAAGCUCAAAAUGGAAGAGCUCAAGACGAGGGCGUUGGUUGUUCCGGAAAGCCGGGACGACGCCGCAGUGACGCUGAUAUUGAAGGUCAUGACUUGA